AUGGUCUCGAUACCUGUGAUUACAAUAUAUUUCAAUAAAUUAUUGUCACUAAACCGUGAGAUCAAUGGCCAGUGGUUUACAUAUUUGACUCAAUUCUGGAAAUUAUGGGCAAAAAGAAGACAACAGAAGACAAACCGAGUGUUAACUCAUGACGUCUGGAAAAAUAACUGUUCGGAUGCGGGCAUUAUUCCCUUUCCUCACGAAUGGAAAUAUGAAUUACCACAACAGACUAAAAAUGAAGAUCUAUUGAUAUAUGGCGUGAAUUCAUCGAAACAAAGCAUUUAUAUUGCAAUCAAAUGGAGACCAAAAGGAGUGAACGAUAAGAUCAAUGCAACCAUUAGUUUGAGAUUUGAUGACAACAACAGUAAUAGCUAUACAUUAGAGGAGGACUCGGAGNAUAAUAGCUAUACAUUAGAGGAGGACUCGGAGGUCGAGUACCGGAGCAAUGAAUACAGAGUGUGUGGACUCGGCUUAGAGAUUAUGUCACCCUUUAGAAGGAAACGCAUUAAGUUUAGGGGAUAUCUCACGAAGAAUAACAAGGAUUUAGUUUACGUCAAAUUCAGAUUCUUAUGGACUUCUGUGUCAAGAGUUGCAGAUUUUACACAUGAUUUCAACGAUCACUUUAUGGCCAAAGAGAUGAUGAGAUCCAAGAAUAGAGACAAUGAAAUUGUGGAUCAAUUAGAAGACCGUUUCGAACAAUUCGGACAAAUGAAAGGCAAUUUCAAAGAAGAUAUGGAAGAAGAGAAACAAUUAUACUUUUGGGGAUCUAUUAGUAAAAAAUUUUUAACCACAAAACAAGUGAAUAGAAAUAUUAAGCGGAUUAUUGGAUACACUAAAGAGGGCAACAUUUGA